ACAUAGUGAGGAAAUACCAGUCAACCAAUUCGUCAGUAAGUUGAAAUGGAUACACCUCAAUUGCAAAAUAUAACUUUAGACUAGGAACGAGGGAUUCACGUCAACGUGAUAAGGAGUUAUUCUUUAGCAUCGUGGAAUUUCAAAAAAAAUCUACAUAUAGUUACAAUCGCAAUUUGGUAAACAUCAAUCAUGCCUACAAAGUAUUCGGUGCUGUUUUUCUUCUUGGUUCUGGUGAAUGAGAAUUACUUUGCUUUUAAACAGUACCGAAGUUUGACAGAUAAAUCACAUUGCUCAAACCCGUUGAAGGCGGUUUUUCUUCGAAAUGAGUCAGACGAAGCCGUGAUAACAUGGCAAGGUGGUGUAAUCCAAGGUUGCCGUAUAAGUGUAAGGCCUUGGGAAGAAACAGCCAACAGCGACCAAAUGUGUCUCAGUAUUGUUACAAACAAUAUUCCAUGCGACAAAAAUGUGACUCUAUCAUUUAUAACCAAACAAGAUCUCAAAACUACGAUUUAUCUGGUAGGGUGUAAUGUAAAGCCAGUGAAGUGUAUGAUUUUCAAGACAGUGGUAAUGAUUAAAGUUAGUGCACCUUACGAGAAUGCAACGCGUAAAGAUACUUUUCAAUUGAGGCUGAAAAUAGUAGUCUCUUUAAUUCCUACAAUUACGGAAAAAGACGUUUCCCCAAAAGACGUGACAACUGAACAUCUUGACGAAAUUAAUGGAGUCUGCCAAAUACCAGUGAACACACCUAAUAUAUUAUUGUUGUCAUUAAAAUACUGUUUGACUUAUAGAUGUUCCACAUUAGUUGAUUGUAUAUCUGCUUUUAUAUGGGAUGUCACGAAUGACUUCGACCCUGCAACGCCAAGACGUAAACAUCAUGAAGCGCAUAAAGAGUCCAAGCUAGAUGUGAACAGUAUCAUUGCAAUCAGUGGAGGUGUUGUUACAAGCUUAUUUAUACCCAUUAUUCUGCUUGCUGUUAAAAGAAAAAUGCAAACUGCAAAAAACCUAACUGUAAUAGUUGAUAAUCCAGAACAGCAAGACAAAGAAGAGCGAAGUAAUCGACAAUCAUUAAUAAGCGAAGAUUCAUUUCAAACAAUUUGAAUAAACUUUUACCAUCACAAAAAUGUAAAGUAAAAUUGUUAAUCUUUGCGUUCAAAACUAUGUAUCGAUGGAUUGCAGAUAAUGUUAGUCUAAUCUUGUCUAUAAUUACAGAUCAAAUAAAAGAUUUCUACUAAUUGUAA